AGUACAAACCUGGACACCGUAUAUAGUGCUGUUUCUGGUUAGCCUCUAAUAAACGUAUUGGAAACAACAGGAUUAAGCACAAAUUUCUGGCAAUCCUGAAGUCAGCAGUUUUUUUUUCCACUCAAAACCGAAGUGACCAAAAAUCUCAUUUUUACUAGCUAUCUAUUUAAGCCGAUCCUCCCCCGAACUUCAAACGUAUUCCUCUUGAAAAAACCCAUGGAAAUAUUUGGCCGAGGAAUAUCCAGUCCUAUAAAGCAAGUGAAUGACUUCAAAUUCAGGAACAGCUCUAAUUCCAAAUGUACCAAAAUCUCAGUGGGACGCAUGCACGCUAGUGGCAACUUCUUGCAUCUGAACAGUGGAGCAAAGAUGCCAGUGAUUGGAUUGGGAAUGGCUACAGAGCCCAUUGAUUCUCACCAGCUCAAAUCGUUGGUUCUUUAUGCUAUUCAGAUUGGUUAUAGACAUUUUGAUUCUGCAAGCCUCUAUACCUCACAAAUUGGGUUGGGAGAUGCCCUCAAUGAAGCCAUGAAAAGCCGACUUGUAAGUAGGGAGGAGGUUUUUGUUACUUCCAAAGUGUGGUGCACUGACGUUCAUGCUGAUGAUGUUCUUCCCUCUCUACAAAAUAGUUUAAGGAUGCUGCAAUUAGAUUAUGUGGAUUUGUACUUAAUCCAUUUUCCAGUGAGAUUGAAGAAAGAAGUUGUAUUUCUGAACAUAAAGGAAGAUGAUAUCUUGCCAUUUGAUAUCAAAUCAACAUGGCAAGCUAUGGAGAAGUGUGUGGAGCUCGGCCUGACAAAAUCUAUUGGAGUGAGCAAUUUUUCCUGUAAAAAGAUUGAAGAUUUGCUUGCUCAUGCAACAAUAACUCCUUCUGUGAACCAGGUUGAGAUGCAUCCUUUUUGGCAGCAAAGAAAAUUAAGGGAAUACUGCAGCAAAUUGAAUAUUCAUGUUAGUGCAUACGCUCCAUUGGGAUCACCAGCAAAGUCAUGGGGUUCGAGAAGGUUAUUGGACAGCCAUGUGAUUAAUGGAAUUGCUCAAAAAUACUCAAAGACCAAUGGUCAGAUAGCAUUGAGAUGGGGAAUAGAGCAAGGUGUGUGUGUUAUACCAAAAAGCAUAAGGGAGGAAAGAUUGUUGGAGAAUUUUGAAAUAUUUGAUUUCCAAUUGUGUGAAGAAGAUCAUCAGAAAAUUGAAACAUUGGAACAACAAAAACUUUUCUCUGGAAAAGAAUUUAUAUCACCAACCAAUGGACCUUAUAGAACGUUAGAAGAACUUUGGGAUGGGGAAAUCUAAAUGUAAGCAAUCUUUCGACCAUUGUUAUAUUCGUAACCUAUGUAUGACUCUACUUGUCCAUAUAAUAGGAAAAGGACAUUAUUCCUGCAAAUCAAAAUAUAAAUUGUUUCUCAGGGUGUUUAAGUGUCCAUACUUCAGCUGCAGCAGGUUGUACUUUCAAGCUAUGGUGUUUACCAAAACCAUUUUACCUUGUGAAAAGUGUAGGCAAAACAGUAUUUUGCCAGUGUCAUCAACCUGUAACUUUUUUAAUCCUCUGAGUCAGAUUGUGAAUAUCUCUAAUCUACAUUUUCUUGAGACCACAUUACACCUUACAGGAAGAAUUAUUCACUGGGAAUUUCAACUUUCUGAUAUCUCAAGAAGUUGAUUGGAAUGGCUUAGCCAUCAUGUGUGGAGAAGAUAAUAUUAGAAAAUGUAUCCACAGAAACACCUUGAUAUACCCUCAAAUGACCGUGGCAAUUUUAUAUAUCAGUCAUCUCUGGUAAGGCUUCUUCUCUAACAGUCACAUGGAUGGUAUCUAAACUCAAGCAACCCUUCUAACGCUGUUUUAAAUCUCUUUAUAUAAAACUAUCGUGGAAUGAUGUGAAAACUUCGGAUACACUGAAAUGAUGCUUGCUCGCUCGUCUAUGUAGUAGAGCUACGAAUUGAUAUUACAUGCAGCACUUUUUUUCACCUUUUGUUAAAGAGAGUAUCAAUUUUGCUGA